AUGGGACAGACAGGAGUGAAGCAGAGAGAAGAGAUUCCCAGCAGCUGGGGGGCUGGAGGAGUGGAGGGUUGCUUUGAGUGCUGCAUCAAAUGUUUAGGUGGCGUGCCGUAUGCAUCGCUGGUUGCUACAAUCCUCUGCUUCUCUGGUGUGGCCCUGUUCUGCGGAUGUGGCCAUGUGGCUCUCACUGGCACUGUGACCAUCCUGGAAACCUUCUUCUCCACAGUCAGAACUGACCAUGCUAUGCUCACUGACAUAAUACAGCUGAUGCAGUACGUCAUCUACGGCAUUGCUUCGUUUUUCUUCCUGUAUGGAAUCAUUCUGCUCGCCGAGGGAUUCUACACAACCAGCGCCGUCAAGGAACUGCACAGCGAGUUCAAGACCACCAUCUGUGGACGCUGCAUCAGUGGAAUGUUUGUGUUCCUCACGUACAUCCUGGGUGUAGCCUGGCUCGGCGUAUUUGGCUUCUCAGCUGUACCCGUCUUCCUCUUCUACAACAUUUGGGCUACCUGUAACACCAUGAAGUCCCCAAUGGCCAACAUUACAAACUUAGACUCCUUUUGUGUGGAUGUUCGUCAGUACGGAAUUAUCCCAUGGAACGCCACACCAGGAAAGGCUUGCGGAUCUUCUCUUAUUACCAUCUGCGACAGCAAUGAGUUCUACCUAUCUUACCACCUGUACAUCGUGGCAUGCGCUGGAGCAGGAGCCACUGUGAUCGCUUUGAUCCACUACCUCAUGAUUCUCUCAGCAAACUGGGCCUACCUUAAGGAUGCCAGUCAAAUGCAUGCCUACCAAGACAUCAAAAUGAAGGAGGAGCGGGAGCUGCAGGACCUCACCUCGCGCUCCAAGGAAUGCCUCAAUUCCUACACAUAAGGAUGUAACACGCUUACAGGAAACAAAGCAAAACAAACAAACAAAAAAAAUGCAUCCACGCAGAUACGCUUACGAACACCACGGCCAAACACUUCAGGCCCUCUUUCUGGACCAACACGCCACUAGUAUAACCUGCCAACUCUGUGCAGUACUAACCUGGCUCCUAACAAACUAAUCCACAAGAGCUGCUUUCUGCACUAACUCACCAAGAAGUGUUUCAGGAGUGAUACAUCUUGUCAUUUUCUGUGUUGUAGGGAAAUGCAGUGUAGUUCUGAUGUUCAUGCUGUUGAUUUUGAUGUUUUCUAGCCCUUUCUAUAACCAGUCUCUGCUGGUGAAUGUUAAGACGUUGCACUAUUCUCACACAGCAAAUAACAGUUUGUUUUUACUGUCUGUCAUGCUCCUUCUUUUGACCCUUUGUUGUAAAGUUUCAGUUCGAUGACACGUUCUUUUGUCAGAUUUCAAAUAAAAAAGGAUGCUAAUGAUUUGUACACAAUGAGGAAAGCCUUAUGUCUAAUUUCAGUAACUGUUUUCAAACUCUAGUCUUACGUUGCUGAAAUUGUAGCAUUAAGAACGUUAAACAUAGGCAGUUAUGCAAGUUCUGUAUUAGUAAAUAGGGUUCACAAGAUCAAUACACGCAUAUUUCCCUGGCUAACCAUCUUAGUAGCCAAUCAUUUAAGUGUGAAUUAGUUUGGAUUGUAGUUCCAUUAGCAUGUUUGGAACAACAAUCGCCUACAUUAACACUACCUCAGGUGUGCACUAGAACUCAUAGACAACAUUAAAAAUGUAAUUUUGAUCAAAAAUGGGAUGUAUUUGGAACAACAUAACCAUUCACUCAACCUGAUUAAAUCCUCUUCAUGGUGUUAAUUAGAAUUGUUUCUUACACUUAUUACAGGAAUGGUGCAAAGUGCAAUCUGAAUACAUGUAACAUCUACAAAAUUUGGUUCAUUUGAAUUAAAUUUAAUUUAAAAAAAAACAAAAAAAACAAUCUGUU